AUGCUGCUGGCGCUGGCACUGGCGCUGGCGCAGGGCCUAGCCCGCAUGCGGCCUACGGCGCCGGAAUACUCCAGGGCGCCGGCCGCCUUCGCUCAGCCGCCCAUCUCGCCCAGCGCCCAUCGCGCGUUGCACGCCUGCGCGCUGGGACUCGCUCUGGCCCACGCGCUGGGACGCCUGCAGAAGAGUAGGUCCUGGCGCCGUGGGACUCGCCGGCCGCCGCCGAGGAGAUCCCCGACUUAUUAUUAUAUCGGGCCUAGAAUCCAAGCUGACGGGACGGGACACUUGGUCGCUAGUCGUGCUGGUCGUGCUAGUGCUGUCUGCGCUGCUGCUGCUACGCCGGAUACGGCGUCCUCGCUUUGUCGGGGCCAGAAUCCCUCCCAGCCAGAACCCAGCGGGCCCAGCGAACCCGGCCGGUCGAGUCCAGUUGGGUCAAAGAACGUGAACGUGCAAGCGGCCUUUGUCCACUCACUCGAAUUUGCCGCGAACGGUACUCCUCCCGGGAGACCGUCGUGGACUUCGAUCUUACCUCCUCCCACAGCAAUGGAAACUCAGAGCUUCACUGCUCGAAGGUCAGCGGCCUCCAAUCUCCCUACUUUCCAACUCCCACCCCCCGAAAACCACCUCUCGGGAAUGCACAAGUACCCGGCGUACGCGCCAACAAGCUCCACGCAGCCCACGCCGCCAUCCAGCAGUGUACUCACUCCUCCGCCUGCUCACCCAAACGACAACAGCCCGUUGUCCAGUCUGAACAGCGCCAGCUCCGGCGGUUCAACGACCGGUGUCCCUCCUUAUCAACCCAUGGGUUAUUGGCCAACACCACAGAACCCCUCAUAUACCUACAGCUCGGCGCCCCCAAUGUCGGGGACGUAUGCCCAAGGGCAGCAGAAUUACAUGAAUGCCGGCCGCCCAAUGUACUCGCCAGCCAUGAAUUUCCCAAAUCGGGGGACCAACUCGCCCACCGCAGGUGAAGGACUUCCACCCCCGCCAUAUGACAUCAAUCUCCCGCCGUUCCCAACUUCCGCAGGCUCAUCAGGAGGCCAGCAACAAAAUCUCCCAACUCUUGCCCCUCAACAGCAGCAACAACACCAGCAGCAACACCACCACCAGCAACAACAACAUCACCAGCAGCAGCAUCACCAACAACACCAACCGCCCCCACCACCUCAGCAGCUCCAACCUGCUUCUCAGGCGCCUCAGCAAUCGCCUCUACAUGCUCCAGAAAACUAUGGUGGCCGACCCCCUCCAACUCCAUCAUAUUACACUCCUGCUUCCACACCCCAGCAAGCCUCAUUCCCAGCAUACACACAGCAAUCGCCCCCUCAGCAAUCUCCUAAUGCAUCUUCAGCGCCCACCAAUCGAAUCUCGCCCGUCUCAGCUCCCCAAAACUACCACUCCCGACCAUAUGGAGGCUACAGUCUCCCUGCAAUGGCGGGUCCAAUCAUGUCCAAUGUACAUAACCCUGGAAACCAGAUGGCGCUCGUAGGAGGCAUGAACAUGCAAUAUCCACCUCAUCAACUAGGCGGACCAAUGUAUGGACACCAUCCCGGACAGCAGCAGCAGCAAAGUGAGCGCCCCUUCAAAUGCGAUCAAUGCCCGCAGUCGUUCAACCGAAACCACGAUCUCAAGCGCCAUAAGCGAAUUCAUUUGGCUGUGAAGCCGUUCCCGUGCGGGCAUUGCGACAAGAGCUUUUCCCGGAGAGAUGCGUUAAAGAGACAUGUCCUGGUAAAGGGAUGCGGGAAAGGCACCGCCAACGGCACGUCGAACACCAACGGCGAUAGCCAAUCACCGGAUAUUAAAGCCGAAGGAAUGGGGGAUUCUAUCCAGAGCCCCAGUCCAGAAAUGAUCAAGAAGGCCAUCUGA